AGAGCAAUGGGGUCCAUGGUGGCACCAAGAAGAGUCUUUGCCGGGCAUCUCCGGGGCUGGGCGACACCUGGGUCAGAGGACACGGGAGCUAUGUGGUGGUCCCUGCUGAUCGUGCUCACUGCGGCCUGCAGAUCCGCCCAGGCCAUCCACGUGGACACCCCCGUCAAGCUGGUCAAGGCCGCACGCGGGGGCAGUGCCGACCUCCAGUGCUCCUUCCGGACCAACGUGGAGAAGCUGUACGGAUUCAUUAAGUGGGACAAGCCCCUCCAAAACCCUUCGGAGAAGGUGGCCACCUGGACCUUCAGCCCACAGACGAGCAGCUUCGGCCCCAGGUACCUGGACCGUGUCAACUUCACCGGCAACUUGCGGGACGACGCGUCCAUCCGCAUCGGUCCCCUCAACAUGGAGGACAACGGCACCUAUGAGUGCGCCCUGUCCGUGCACGGAGACUUAGACGGGGUGGAUCAGGCCAAGAUGGAGCUGAUCGUCCUGGUGCCGCCCUCCGUGCCGGACUGCGCCAUCCAGGGGGAGGCCGUGCUCGGAAACGACGUGGAGCUGACCUGCCACUCCAGGGAGGGCUCUCCGGCCCCCAAGUACAGCUGGAAGAGUUUCAACAUCCUGAACGAGGCCCGGCCCCUCGCCGGCCCAGCCACGGGCCAGAGCGUUUCCCUGAAGAACAUCUCCACCGAAACCUCCGGCUACUUCAUCUGCACGGCCACCAACGAGGUGGGGGAGAGGUCCUGCAACAUCACCCUGGCCGUCCACCCUCCCUCCAUGAACAUCGCCUUGUAUGCGGGCAUCGCGGGAGGCGUGGUGGCCGCCCUGAUCAUCUUGGGCAUCAUAAUCUACUGCUGCUGCUGCCGGGACGGCAAGAAGGAGGAGGAGCAGAAGCCAGCUCGAGAAGGCUACCGGCAGCCGCCGCAGCAGUUUGAGCCAAUGCGGAGGAGGGAUGAAGAGGGCAGAGAUGAUGAUGAAGAGGAGCAGAGGCGCUCUAGGGAUUAA